AUGAGGAGUGAGAGAGAAGUUAAGAAUGGUGUUUCUGAGGAAGAGAGAGAGGUGAAACGGAAGAGAGUGAUAGAACGAUCUGAUUCGCCACCUCCACCACUGGGUUUCAAUAACCCUCUUUUGCCGUUGGCUAAUGCUUACGAUGAUGAGGAAGAGGACGAAGAAGACGAACGAAGCAAAUCGCAAGCUCGUGGGGGUAAUGGAGUUGCGAAAUCUAGAGAAGUUGAAGAUGAGGUCGAUGAAGACGAAGAUGAUUAUGAUACCUCUAAGAAUCGGGGAAAGCAUUCACGCCAUGUUGAAGUUCGUCGUGAUUGUCCUUAUCUUGAUACUGUUAAUCGUCAGGUCUUGGAUUUUGAUUUUGAGAGGUUUUGCUCGGUCUCGUUAUCAAACUUGAACGUGUAUGCGUGUCUUGUCUGCGGGAAGUACUUCCAAGGAAGAAGCCAGAAGUCUCAUGCUUAUACACAUAGCUUGGAAGCAGGACACCACGUUUAUAUCAAUCUUCUGACUGAGAAGGUGUAUUGUCUUCCUGAUGGUUAUGAGAUCAAUGACCCUUCUUUGGAUGACAUUCGACAUGUUUUAAACCCGAGGUUUAGUCAGGCGCAAGUAGAAGAGCUUGACAGGAAUAGGCAGUGGUCUAGGGCUCUUGAUGGUUCUGACUAUCUUCCGGGAAUGGUGGGGCUGAACAACAUACAAAAGACAGAGUUUGUGAAUGUUACAAUCCAGUCGUUGAUGAGAGUUACUCCAUUAAGGAACUUUUUCCUCAUUCCUGAGAACUAUCAGCAUUGCAAGUCUCCCCUUGUUCACCGUUUUGGGGAACUAACUCGGAAGAUUUGGCAUGCUCGGAACUUUAAAGGACAGGUGAGUCCACAUGAAUUUUUGCAAGCUGUCAUGAAAGCCAGCAAGAAACGAUUUAGGAUAGGCCAACAGUCCGAUCCAGUGGAGUUUAUGUCGUGGCUCCUUAACACUUUGCACAUGGAUCUUAGACCUACAAAGGACGCCAGCAGUAUCAUCCACGAGUGCUUCCAGGGUGAGUUGGAGGUUGUGAAAGAGUAUCAAAACAGUGAAAACAAAGAAACCUCCAGGAUGCCUUUUCUGAUGCUUGGGCUAGAUUUGCCUCCGCCUCCUCUUUUCAAAGAUGUCAUGGAGAAAAAUAUAAUUCCUCAGGUUGCUCUAUUCGAUUUAUUGAAGAAGUUUGAUGGAGAGACUGUGACAGAGGUGGUUCGCCCUAAGCUAGCCAGAAUGAGAUACCGUGUGAUCAGAUCUCCUCCUUACCUGAUAUUCCAUAUGGUUCGGUUCAAGAAGAAUAACUUCUUCAAGGAGAAGAACCCUACCUUGGUGAACUUCCCGGUGAAGGACAUGGAGCUGAGAGAUUACAUACCAUCAUUACCUGUAGCCCCAGAAGGCGAGAAUGCUUCUACUAGGUAUAAUCUAAUAGCCAACAUUGUACAUGAUGGUAAGCCUGAGGACGGAUACUUCAGAGUCUUUGUGCAGCGGAAGUCACAAGAACUAUGGUACGAGAUGCAGGAUCUUCAUGUUGUGGAGACGCUUUCCCAAAUGGUAGAACUAUCGGAAGCAUACAUGCAGAUAUAUGAGCAGCAGCAAGAGGAGUAG